AUGUCUUCCCGCUUCGGUCUCCGCUUUCUCCAGAACUCAAGGGCGGCUUUUCAGCAGAAUGUUUCCGCGCCGUUUCGCAGACAGAUGCUUCGCACCCGGCGGUUUCAGAGCACGGAGGCAGCCGCAGAGAAACAGAGCUUUUUGCAGAGAUCAUGGAACAGCCCCGUCGGCUUGAAAACGGUGCACUUCUGGGCUCCAAUUAUGAAGGUUCGACAGCCUCCUAGCCAAAGCCGCGCAUUAUCGCGGAUUUAUUGGGUUCUGGUCAUUGCAGGUCUUGGAGACAUGGCGCGACCUGCAGAUAAGCUCUCCCUGACACAAAACGCCGCACUGAUGUUUACAGGCGCUAUCUGGACCAGAUGGUGCCUUAUCAUCAAGCCGAGGAACGUUCUCCUUGCUACUGUCAAUUUCUUUGUUGGCUGCUUGGGAUUGGCCCAAGUUACACGUAUCUUUUUGCAUCGACGGACUGUGGAUGGAUCCGCCGCCGCCGCGCUCAAGGAUAUGAGUCACGAGGCGACCGAUUCCGCAAAGGAAAUGGCUCACAAAGCGGAAGAUGCAGUGAAAAAGCAUUAA